AUGCGUGAGGCUGGUUUCACAGAGCAGCGACAACCUCCCGCUCCUGGCAGUGGAAGGAUAACGGGCCGGUGCCACUCGGGUCCAUAUGGAUCCGAGAGCAACAGCACAUCCCUCUGCGGUGACCAAGCUAAACAAUGUAGUAAUGGCUCCAAAGUAGUUAUAGAUGGUAAAUUGAUCAGAAGCAGGGGACUUUCUAACGUAACAGGAUUUGGAAUAUUGGCUAUUGUAAGCGAGCUUUUCAGGCGUGCAAGGUCAAGAAGUUUAGCUGCAGACCUUGUUUUCAACAAUCCUAGGAGAGAAAAAUCCCACACCGGGAAUAAAGACCUUGCUUUCGCACUCUAUAGUGACACGCCAAUCGAGAAGGAUUGCCGAGCACGGUUGCGUGUGCUUGUGAUCCAAGUGGAGGCCCUAAGUGAAGGGCAAUGCGUGAGGCUGGCUUCACAGAGCAGCGACAAACCUUCCGCUCCUGACAGUGGAAGGAUAACGGGCCGGUGCCGCUCGGAUCCAUAUGGUCUGAUGGGUUGGUCUAACUAG